GCAAACAUGGGUGGAGAAGAAUCAACGCCAGCACGGACACCAUCACCACCCCCACCAAAGGAGGAAUUUGACCAACAAUGGAGGAAAACAUGUUGGAGUAAAGGAGAGAGAAACCACAUGGUAGAUGAACUGAGGAACUUUAAACUGAGUGAUCCUGACGUGGGUCAGCUCAGAUGCCUGCUAUAUGGACCAGUCGGUACAGGAAAGUCCAGCUUCAUCAACUCAGUCAACAAUGUCUUCCAAAAUCGGAUAACAAGUAGUGCCCUGGUAGCUUCUACCUCCAGCACAAGCUUCACCAUGACAUAUGACACACACUACAUUCAAGGCAGUUCAGAAGAAAAACGUCUUCCCUUUGCAUUCAAUGACGUCAUGGGUCUGGAAACACAAAAAAAUGGGUUGCACCCUGAUGACAUCAUCAAUGCUCUGAAGGGCCAUCUACCAGAGGGCUAUGAGUUCAAUCCUUUCCACCCAUUAUCGGACAAAAAAAAGGAAUUCAUUCAGAAUCCCAGUUUAAGACACAAAACUCACUGCCUGGUGAGUAUUGUGUCAGCGGACAAACUCAUUAUCAUGUCAAAGGAUGUCAUAGACAAGAUGAAGAACAUCAGGGCAGAAGCCAGCAGACUGAAAAUCCCUCAAGUUGUUGUCAUGACCAUGCCAGACAAGGCUUGUGAGCUGGUGAACAAGGAUGUGAAAAGAAUCUACUACAGCAAGGCGAUCAAAGAGAAGAUGGAGCUCUGCAGUAAUGAGCUAGGCCUUCCCAUGAACUGCAUCCUGCCGGUGAAGAACUACCACGAGGAGGGGAUGCUGGAUAACAACAUGGAUAUCCUGAUACUGAACGCCAUGACUCAGAUUAUGAACUUCGCCAACGACUACCUCUGGAAACUCCAACAACAUGCAACUCAAAAAUAGAAUGAGUAUUAAGAGAUGAGUUAGUGAGCCCUGCAGUUUAAGAUUGGAAGUUCUUAAUUUCUAUAUUUUUGACAUUGUGGUGGUAUCAUUUUACUUCCAUGUAGAGGCCUAA